UCUGUGUUGUCUGUCAACAUUAUCCUGAUCUGAGUUCUCAGUUUAUGUCUUCUCAAACCCACGUGGUGUUCACGUGAUAUCACAAGCUAUAGCCGAUAACAAUGGCGGCCAGCGACCACCAACUCUCUAACAUACUUGGCGGAAGUGAAGAAUUACAGAUAACAAAGGAUGAGCUGAAGAUAACUCUCAAGGAGAUGGGGCACAAUCUUACUGAUGAUAAAAUUGAGGAAGCCAUGAAAAUUUUAGACAAGGACAACACCGGAACCAUAAACUUCUCCGAGUUUAUGGAGUUUUGUGAAACGCAUCUUCCAAGUGGACAAGGAGGAAACUACAGCGGAGACAUAACGAAAAACCCAGUCAAUAUGGAGGAGCAGUUGAGGCCAAUCUUCGACGAAUUCGACACCAGUGGAGAUGGCAGAAUUAGUAAGGCCGAGAUGAGCAAAGCCAUCGGUAAAGCCGGCAAGACUCCACCGGAUCCGAGAAUGAUCGACGCUCUCUUUAAGCAAUUUGACAAGGACGGCCAGGGGUCUCUCGACUUUAACGAGUUCGUGCAGUUCAUUUUGUCAAUGCCACCCCCACCGGAGGCUUUGAGGGAGGCUUUCAAAGAAAUUGAUACGGACGGAAGUGGGUCCCUGAGUAAAGAUGAGUUGAAGAAGCUCCUAGCAAUGGCGGGCCAGUCUAACAUUCCUGACGAAGCUAUGGACGAGAUCAUGCAGGCUAUCGGCGGGGGGGAUGGUCGCGUGUCCUUCGAGGAGUUCUGCCGUUUCAUUGCUCCCUGAGUUACCAUCGCGACCCUCACCUUCAUAGCACUUUCGUAGGCUUAGAAAACAGCUAAUCAAUUAAUCUCCAAGCAGAUGUUGGGAUGAUAGAUUGUAAUGGUUUCUGACUGUAAUUCUCUGACAGACAGCCAUGAAUGGUUGUCAGUGGAACCAAGCAAUCAAAAACAUAAAUAUUUCUUCUAUUCAAACAAUUGCUUGGAGGUUAAUGAAUCAUGAGACUUCUUUCAGUGCAACAGUUAAACCUAACAUACUUUUUUUUCUCUAUAACUAAGAACUUUGAAACUAACAUAUAGCCUCUACCAGACUCAAUAAGUUGCUGGAAAAAUAGUAGAUAUUAGCCUAAUAGACUGAAGAAUCAGCUGCCCAUAGACUUCAGUUUACAAAGUGUACCUGGCUAUGGCCAGAUAGCCAGCUAACAAGAGAGAACAGUUUACAAACUGUGCUCUAUAAUUGCUGGUCAUCAACUCCUCUGGCAUAUCAUUCAAACUUGGCCGAUUUUUACUAUUUUUCCGCCAACAUAUGAAGUCUGGCAGGGACUUACUAUUCCGGUCUAUUAUUAAACUAUUGUAAGCCUCUAGCGAAGCAAAUUUGAUUGGGUGGCAAUGAAAUGCUGAAAAUAAAGGUGUUUGAAAAAACUA